CGCUCAUCCCUCAUACUACCCUCUCCUCGUUGAUAACAAGAUGCCUUCUAUCAAAACACUUCCUCUCAACACCGGCGCGGCCAUCCCCGCCAUUGGCCUGGGAACCUGGCAAUCAAGCGAGAACGCCACACGCGACGCCGUGAAACACGCCCUGCAACAUGGCUACCGGCACAUCGAUACAGCGCUCAACUACGGAAACGAGAAAGAGGUAGGCGAGGGGAUUAGAGCAUCUGGUGUACCCAGGGAGGAUAUUUGGGUGACGACGAAGCUGGAUAACCAUUGGCAUCAUCGGGUACGCGAGGGAUUAGAAUCGUCCUUGAGCGAUCUAGGCUUGGAUUAUUUGGACCUGUAUUUGGUUCAUUUUCCAUGUUCGACGGAUCCAGAGGAUCGAAGUAAACACCUGGAGGAUUGGGACUUUAUCAAGACCUGGCAGGAAAUGCAGAAGCUCCUCGACACAGGCAAAGUGAAAAACAUCGGCGUGUCAAACUUCCAGAUCAGCCAUCUUGAGAAGCUUCUCAAUGAUCCCUCCUGCAAAGUUGUUCCAGCUGUCAAUCAAAUUGAGCUGCAUCCGUACAAUCCCUCACCCAAGCUUCUUGCCUACUGCGCGUCGAAGAAUAUCCACUGCACUGCAUACUCCUGCCUGGGCGGGCACAGCGACUCGCCGAUCAACGGCCAGACAAACUUGACAAAGGACCCGGUCAUCCUCGAGGUCGCAGAGUCGAAGAAGAAGACACCCGCGCAGAUCUUGCUGCAAUGGAACCUCCGCCGCGGUGUGAGCGUUAUUCCCAAGAGCGUCACUCCCUCGCGGAUCGAGAACAACUACGACCUCGAAGGGUGGGAUCUUACGGAGGACGAGUUUGAGCGAAUAAAUGCGAUAAAGACGCGCGCAAAGGUCGUUGGUGACAGUUGGAUGCCGAUUCGGGUGUUUUUGGGCGAUGAUGAGUAGGGUUCCCACUCACUCUGUAGAAUAGGGACAUUGCUUAAAAUGGAAGCAUUUUAUGCAUCCACCUCUUGC